UGAUUUCAAUGCAUUUCCAAAAAGGGGAGAAAAACUUUUCCUUUUCUUGUAAACAAAACAAAGUUCUCAAAUGUAUUUUUUUUAUCCAUAGGAGGCUGUGUGGUCCAGUGGUUAAAGCAAAGGGCUUGUAACCAGGAGGUCCCCGGUUCAAAUCCCACCUCAGCCACUGCUGCAUUGUGUGAUCCUGAACAAGUCAAGUCACCUCCUUGUGCUCCGUCUUUCGGGUGAGAUGUAAUUAUGGUUCUCAGUGAGGCAGCCACUGGCAGUGGAAACAUCUGAACAAAGACCAGCUUUAUGUCUUGAAAUGGAGUGAGCUAAACAGGAUAGGUAGUGUCUGAAACGCAGCCUUUGCAGGUGCAGCCUCAGCCCACACAUGAAACGCUGAGCAGGAACAAGGGAAAUAGACUUCGCUCUAAUUCAUCGGUCACAAGAACCUGAAACAGAAGACUGCUGCCUCAACCCAGGAAGUUUCACACACACCCUAAUACAUAGCAUUCUUGUGUUUACAAUAAGUACAUGUCACACGAAGGGCUAUGUCAAUCCUGUCCUUUCCUUCUCUGCUGUUUUAAUAAUGUGACUAGGCUGACCUUUGUGAAACCUAGUCAUGUGUGAAGGAAAUACAGAUAAUGCCACUGAAUGAUCGCAAACAUUAUUCCGGUUUCAGAUAUAGAAGCACUGCAAACACUAACAAAAAGCUUUUCUAGAGGCCAGGGAAGAUGGUGAGGGAAAUGAACCACAGUCUAUGCAUGUAGAAAUGGUUCUUCUUAUCAUCUCAGUUUUGGAAAAUUAGGUACCUAUACUGUGCAGGGGAGAAAACACAUUUUAGAAUCUAAUGAGUUAUUUUGUGAAAUGCACAAAAUACAGUUUAUGCUUAUCCACAUUGCUUUUAUUACUUUAUAAGACAUGUAAAAAAAAACCCUGGUGAAUUCCACUUCAGUCUCAAUGGGUUUUGUACAAGUAAAAACACUUCUGUAGAAAAAAAUAUAUAACGUGACAUUCAUUUUUAUAGCCACUUGCUGUCAAACAUUGCGUAUUAUAACAUCUACCUAUAUUGUACAGUAGAAAUAAAUGUCAACUACAACAACUUUUGUUAAAUUGUUCACUUAACCAAAAAAAAGUCAUAAUAAUAUUAAAUUUACGUUAAAUUUAACAAAAGAUGGCACAAUAAUCAAUUUCUGCUUCAAAAUGCCGCCAAAUACACCCGCAACCAACAGAUUAAGCAACUCACUCACUCAUACCCAUCAUGCCUACUGGCACAUAGGGCAGCAACAAAGGUUCUCCAUUGUUGGCAGUCCUUGGCAAUUCUCUCCACAGAGCCCCAGGAUUGACCCAUCUGUUUCAGCUUAAGCAAGAUCAGCAGAAAAAGGUUAUUUUGAAGUACAUUGUGUAAUAAUAUUAUAAUAAUAAUAACUUAAACCAUCAAUGUUAUUUAGGAUUCAACCUUUUUUUUUUAAAGCAUCAGAAUAAUAUUCUACUCAGUUAGUUCAUCAUUGGAUUUAAUGUAGCAUCAAGUCUGUUCUGCUGUACACGACUCAGCUAUCCUAUUGUUGUUUUCUGAUAUUUUUUUAAAAAUUCCAAACACCGCUCUUUUGAGACAUAUUCACUGCCGGUUGUUCGCAUGCUACACAGUACUGCAAGCUUGUAAGGGUUCUCAGAUCAUAAAAAAUGACCAAAGCAUUUUUAUAACAGAUAUCAUUGGAUUUUAACAAUGGUUGACUAUGUUUUUUUUCCAUUGUCGCAAGCAGCUAAUUUGAAAAGUUUGCCCUCUGCCUGCAUAGACCUCUUGUUUAGCUUAGUAGAGGGGGAAUGCAGUAAAGUUAUUUUUUAAAGUUUUGUUUAUGUAAUAGGGCAGAGGCUGGGCAUGAACUGGCGACCCCGUGCAUCACAAGCGAGCGUCUUAACCAAAAGAGCCAGGCAAAAGAGCCAUGCUUCUCUGCAUUCAUAGUGUUAGAACUUUUAACCCCAUCUCAUCUCACCGACAGGGGACAGGACAGAAUCCAUAACACCAGUGUAUCACACAACACUGCCCGUUACAUACUGUAUCAAUCAAUGCUUUAUUUAUAUAGCGUCUUUCAUACAAAAAGUGUAUCAAAGCGCUGUACAGUACAAAACAAAAGAAUUCAAUUCAUGUGUAUAGAAAUUAAAGAAAAAUAGAGUUUAGACUUCAGUUUAAAAAGGCUAAUAUAAUACAUUUGUAUAGAGAUUAAACAUAAUCACAGUUUAAAAUGCAGUGCAAAAAAAAGCUUAUCUAAAAAAGGAAGUUUUCAAUCUUGACUUAAAGUCAUGACUUCUGAUAUGAGGUGGCAGUGCAUUCCACAAUCUGGGAGCACAGGGACUAAAAACUCAGUCUCACUCCCUUUUUUUGUACACUUGCAUCAGCUGAUCUUAAAUCAUGAGGUAUAUAUGUGACUAGAGGCUGUUUUAUAUAAUCUGGUGCCAUGCCUUUAAGUGCUUUAUAAGUAGGGCUUUUGAGUUUCGGUUUUAACUGAUAAAAAACGAUAAAACACCCCAGAUACAAAAUAAAUAUAAUCGGUUUAUAGCCAAAAACACCGAAAAACACUGGAAAAUCAGUGGAAAUGAUUACUCAAUUCACGUUGACCAACCCUUUCCCAUUAAAAAAAACAACAUUUCCCAGUGCAGCACAUUCCUACAUUUCUAUUGCAGACUCCGCUUGCGAGAUUUAUGGAGGCUUGCGAGAUUUAUGAAGGCUUGCGAGAUUUAUGGAGGCUUGUUCGCGGGAUUUAAAGCUGUAUUACAGUUAAGAUACAGAGGAUUUAAAACAGAAUUGCAAAUUAUGGCGAAAUAUUAAAAAAAAAUGGAUAAACACAAAAGCCCCAGAAGAAUGUGCUCGUGACCAUAAGGAUUUUGUGGAGGACAGCAAAGGAAAGAAGGUACAACUUAAGUGUGCAAAAACUGUCGAGUUACUACUAAAAAUAUUUUGACAGAAAAAAACGCCCAGGCGUUUUGGAAAGUAGCCAAAAACAAUAAUUUCAUACAGUAUAGAAAAAGCAAAAGCCCUGGAGAAAAAAACAAUUUACAUAAAACUCGAAAAUAGCUAAAAAUAAGCGCCAAAAAAUGAAAUUAAUAAAAAAAAACAAAAAACAGAAGCCCUAUUUAUGUCAGAAAUAAAAAUUUUAAAUAAACUUUAAACUUCACUGGAAGCCAGUGCAGCGAAGCCAGCACAGGAGUUAUAUGGUCUCUUUUAUUCGUUUUGCUGAGAAGUCUAGCAGAUGCAUUCUGUAUAAGCUGCAGGCGAUUUAUGGCGUGACCCGGAAGCCCAGCGAAUAGUGCAUUGCAAUAGUCAAGUCAGGAAGAUACAAAAGCAUGAAUUAGUUUCUCAGCAUCAGACAAUAACAGAAAUGACCUAAUUUUAGCAAUGUUUCGCAAAUGGUAAAAGGACACUUUGGUGACAUUGUGGAUAUGCAACUCAAAAGAGAAAUCAGAGUCAAGUAAGACCCAUAGAUUUUUCACUUCCAUUUCUAUUUUUGUGGUCAAAUUAACUAGAUCUAUUUUUAGAGAUGUUGUGGCUUCCAGUUGCUGAUGAGAACCUAAUAACAGGACCACUGUCUUAUCAGAGUUUAACUGUAAAACAUUUUGGAACAGCCACCUCUUCACAUCAGUAAAGCAUUCAGCUAAGGCUGAUACAGCCAGGGUACCACCACAGAGAUAUAGAGCUGUGUGUCAUCGGCAUUGCAGUGAAAGUUAACACCAUGUUUACAGAUUAUUUCACCCAGCGGUAACAUGUACAAAGAGAAAAGAAUGGAUCCCAGUAUAGAACCUUGGGGAAUGCCACAGGCAACCGAUGAAAAUCCAGAAACAGACAAUCACAGGCUUUUUAUUAUAGGUCCUUACAAGACUGUCCAUUCUUAAUUCAAUGUUUUUGACCCUCGCACCAGGGAGACAAGUAACAGUCCUGUUUAGCAGGUCUAUAAGGGAAAAAUCAUUGUCUACUUAAUGUAGAACGGAGUCACUUUUUAAAAGCACCUCGCUUUUGCUUUUAUCUAUUUCUUAGUCUUCUAACCUCAAAACAUGGAAUCUGUUAGAAAGAAAUAUCUCUGCAGAAUCCUUGCGACUCACUCUUAUUUUCUUUCUUUCUCACAUGGUCACCCAAUUCUCUUCAGCUAGACCCUUUUCAAGCUCUUUAUCCCCUAGGACUGACCUGUUCCUCUGGCUCACAAGUUUUCACACCAUGAUUUUGAGAAGGAUUUAUAAAAUGUAACCUGGCAUUACUAGAAGUCUCUCCUUUCAGGAUCAACCAUGUGUUAUUCUGUAUGCAUUAAAACUACUUUCCCAACACAAAAAGAUACAUAUAAAAUGAGCUCAUUAAAAUGCAGCACACUUUUGCUGUCUACAGGGUGAAACAACGUUGCACCAUGAAGUGGCUUGAGGGGAAAAUAUACAUAUAUUAGUAGAAACUAAUCAAUCAGGAAGAUUGAAAAAGUCCAUCAAGACUGUGGUACUAACAAGCACUGAUGAGCUGACCUUUAGUUUUUAACAUUGCCCAAUGAACAUCCUGUAACGAGGCAUUCCACCAUGCAGACAAGCGCGUCUUUCCAACAUUUGAGCCUGUAGCACCAUUCACAACUCAUUUCUUAAAUUACAUGAGACAUAAAACCGUUAGAUAAUUGGUGUCAUGAAGCAUAAUGUAAUAUAUUUACUGCCUCUUGUUGCCUGAAGUGGGUAAAAACACCCUGUCAAUCUGUGUUCAAAUAAUGUCAUCAGAUUUAUGCUGCUGGUUUAAUCCCAACGAAUUUCGCUUAGCAAAACCUGCCAAGGCAUUACAUAUUACUGUGGGACCACAUUGACAAAGCCUUUUCAAUAAAGCUUGGUUAUUUUCAAACUUCACUGAUAGACAUAAGAGACAGGCAAAUCAAUAACAUCUAUAUUGAUUGUGGCAGAGUAGGGGGAGGAUAGGUGUAGUCUCUGAGGUUCAGGACUACAUCCCCCAGAAUACCAUGGAAGCGAGCCAGAAUGAAUUACACCUGACUCUAAUUUAAUUAGAAAUGCCUGCCUGUAGUUAAGCAGGCAGGUGUGUAUAUAAGCAGGUCAGAAUGUUUGUUUUCUGUCGGUGUUAAGGCUGAGACCCAAACAGAGACCCAAGGAGAGUACUCGUGUGAAUACCAGUGUGGUUUAAAACGUUAUGUGUUGAUAAAUUCAUUGCUUGUAACUGGUAAACAUCCGUCCGGUUGUCAGCUAGGGGGCUGAAAUUAAACUUAAGUACUCCGAAUUGAAAUUAGUACUUUGUUUGUUUGUUUUGUAUUGACUUUGGAAAAGUAAAUAUACAGGUAGCACCCUGUUUUCCUGAACUUUGUUGUGUGACAAAUUCCUUUGACUGCACUAGAUACUAGAAGACGAUGUUUAAGGUUACAAACAGUGUGAUAAAAGUCACGAUAACGACUAGUUAUAUCACACUAUCAAACAUUGCAAUAUAUGUAGAAAUACUAAAAAGAAACUUGUACAAUUCUGACAAAUGCUUUGAUAAGAAUUAUUUCCCAAGGAGAGAUUUCAAAAUCAGACAAGCUGGUGUCUUUCCAAACAUACUACAGUAGGUCAAGUGUCAGUGAGGUGAAAAGAAAGUAACAAAAAGAAAUAUCCAUGCAACCUUUAACCAAAUCCAGGUAAAAUUUUACAAAUUACACGGCUUCACUAUUAUUAUUAUUAUUUAUUUAUUAGCAGACGCCCUUAUCCAGGGCGACUUACAAUUGUUACAAGAUAUCACAUUAUUUUUACAUACAAUUACAAUUAUUUUUUACACACUUUUUUUACAUAUAAUUACAUUCAUUUUUUACACAUUAUUUUUACAUACAAUUACAUUGUUUUUUACACAGUUUUGUACAUAUAAUUACAUUAUUUUUUUACACAUUAUUUUUACAUACAAUUACCCAUUAAUACUGUAGCGAUCCUGGCUUUUGCGAGAGCUGGACUAGAGUCGCUGGGAUGCAGUAUUGUAAAUGCGUUGUUAUCUGUUCAUUCCCUGCGUUGUGUGCCCGGCCACGCCAUUAAGAGAAUGUAUACGGGGAGGGUAUAAGGGUGUGAAUGCAGGGUGGGAAGGUCGUUUGGGGACCGUAGUUUAGGGGGUGAGUGUGUGGGUGUAUAGGGAGGCUGUGUCAUUGUUUAUGGAAGUUAAUUGAGGAAGUUCUUUUGUUACAGGGAAUUAGCCAGUUCCCCCCCCCUCUCUCCUCCUCGUCUUCGAGGGUUGGUUUAGCCCUGAGGGAUGAGGACGAUGGGAGCUGACGUCAGCAGGCUCGGAGAGACUUUUUGGGUGGAUUUAGACGGAGCGGAGGGUGAUCGAAAACCUGUUAUUGUUAAAGACGAAUUCGCCAGUUUAGAUAGAUUGCCGAUUACGCUGAUAUACUGAAUACCCCUGUUGUGUGUGAGAGGUAUCCGCUGUUGCUGUGAAAGUGAAGUGGGUAGGCAUAGACACUAGUAGGGUUUAUUAUUUUGGCGUGGGGCUGGGCCGACAAAGUCCUGUAUAACUGUGUUAACAAAACAAAAGAAAUAAACGACUGGCUGUUUUAUUAUCCUUAACAUGGCUUCUAGAACCGUUUCUUUAUUACUUAUUUUAAAAUAAGUCUCAUAGCGACGGCAAAUCGCUACACUGGUGUCAGAAGUGGGAUUAGAACCCACUCGCUAAAAAAAAAAAAAAAAAAAAAAAAAAAAAAUGACAUCGCCACCGACUAGGACAGAUGAGCAACGGCUGGGGGCUAUUCCAAGGAUCCUCCCGGAGGGGAAAAGCGUCCAAAAGACACUGGACGAGCUACAGAGGAAAGCCACAGUGAGACAGGAAUUGGAAAAGAGGGGUCUGAUGCAGGACGUGGUGGAGUUGUGGAGACGGGAAUACGCCACGUGGGAGGAGAACGCUGCAGGUGCAGCAGCUAGACCUGCGCAUGCCACGUGCACGCAACUGGACGUAGGGGGGCAGAAGGUCGGCCAUUUGGAGACACAAGGCGACCAGGACAACGCGACCUACACCGGAAGCGGAGAUACGGGUAAGCCUGCAGCACAGAUGUUACACCUUAUCAAAGAACUGAGCCUAGAGGAAUUAAGCACUGUGCUGCCAAUAAUUAAAGCCCAGCCUGUGUGUCACGAGACUGUUAAUGAAUGUAUGACUGUAUUGGGGAAAAGAUUAGAUAGGCUCCGGUAUGAGCACCGCUCCGAUAGCGGUAGGGGGGAAGACUGUUAUAACGUGCAACCUGCGAUGGCUCAGGCGCCGUCCCUACAUUCCCCUGACCAGGCCGUAGCGCAAAAGGAGACAGUGCAGGCACAAACAGACAAGGCCCAGGGCCAGAAAGAAUUGAAAAUUGGAGGGUUUGAUGGGAAAGCGUCCUGGGAGGCCUAUCGGACUAAAUUUGAACUCGUGGCUGAGAUUAAUGGCUGGGAUGCAAAGCGUAAAGCUGAUAGACUCAUCGCGGCCCUAGAAGGCGAGGCCCUCCACACCUUGCUGGAGGUUAGUAAACCGGAAAGGCGCAGUUAUGAGGCUGUUGUCCAGGCCCUGGACUGUCGGUUUGACGGGACUGAAAACCCCCUCACCCUGCGCCAGCAGCUUAAAGACUGCUUCCGCCUCCCCGGAGAGCCAUUGGGCCAGUUCGCCGCCGAUGUCCGCUACCUGGCCCGCCAAGCUUACCCUGAGUUCCCCACAGCCAUACAGGAAGAGCUUGCCACUGAUGCCUUCCUCCAUGGGCUCACCCCCGGUGCUGUACGCAACCAGGUCCGCCUCGAUACACCCCAGACCCUCGAUGCUGCCCUCGCCCGUGCCAAGCUAGCUGAAGUCGUCCUGGGGGAACAGUCACCACUCCCCAGCACUGCCAAACAUCCUCCUCGGGCCAGCACCCGCCGCAUCCAAAGCACCCCAAUGCGCUCCAUGGAGCUGGAGCCGCCACCAGAUGCCAGGAACGAUCAGAGCCUACCCGGGAAGCCUGAGACCCGCAUCUGCUGGCGGUGUGGACAGCGGGGACACCUCCGGCACAACUGCGGCACCCUCUCUCCUACCUCUCCUUCCCUACAGCUGGGAAACGACAUGGGACCGAUGUAG